AUGCCUUCUCGUAUCAAACUGCAUGAGUCUCAAGAGUGUUCCGGCCAAAGCCAGUACACAGAUGGCAAUAUGGGAGACGCUCCACUAUUCGAUGAACGUAUCUUGAUUACGUAUAACUUGCCGUUUCCUGAUGCUUUGUGCAGAGACAUCAGACGGAAAUUCCGAGAUUGUGAGGUGAUAUUUGCUCAGUCAAGACCGGAAGAAGGCGUUCACGUACCAUCAGAAUCUUACCGUAGAGCAACAAUUUUGGUGUCAUUACAGCAUCUACCCGAUCUCAAGGAUGCCAAACAUCUCAAAUUAAUUCAUACAUUUUCUGCUGGUCUGGAUCAUCUCAUGAGCCAUCCGGUCCUGAAAGCCAGCAAUGUUCCAAUCACCAAUAGCUCUGGUCUUGGUGCGCCAAUUGGUGAAUGGGUUGUGAUGAACUGGCUUAUCCACGCUCGUAAUUACCACAGAACAUACAGAGCACAGAGAGCGCACAUAUGGGAUACCAGGUUGCCCUAUGUUGUCGGCAGCCAUGACCAAAUCGGAAAGAGAGUUGGCAUCCUUGGAUAUGGAAGUAUUGGACGACACAUUGCCCGUAUCUCUCAAGCGAUGGGAAUGACCGUACACGCCUACACUGCGUCUCCACGUCUUACCCCCGAGUCUCGCCGCGACAAUGGUUAUAUUCUCACAGGAACUGGUGAUCCGGAAGGAUCGAUUCCAGUAUCAUGGCACCAUGGCACCGACAAAGCAUCAAUCCAUGCUUUCCUAUCCUCCGGACUGGACCACCUCGUCGUAUCACUUCCCUUGACGCCACAAACAACAAACUUAAUAGGAGCAGAUGAGCUCGCGAUUCUGUCCGACAACUGCAGACAUCCCAUGAUCAAGCCAUUCCUGACCAACAUUUCACGUGGCAAGAUUCUUGAUCAGGACGCUCUUAUUGGCGCUUUGGAGUUGGGUUUGUUGAGUGGUGCGGCGCUUGAUGUGGCUGACCCUGAGCCUUUGCCUGCGGAACACCCGUUAUGGGAUGCGCCAAAUAUCCAAAUAAGUCCCCACGUAAGCGGUAUGGGGCAGGAAUAUUUCCCUCGAGCACUUGAUAUUCUCAAAUUCAAUUUGGAUAGGAUGAAACAAGGAUUGCCUCUAGUCAACGAAUAUAAGCGUGGCAGGGCAUACUAA